AUGAGUAUAAUGGAACGUAUUAACACUGGAGACAUGUCCAAUCUCGCUGUAGUUGCCAAUAACUUAGCAAGGUUUGGUGUUCCAAAAACAUUCUUCCAAAGAGCAAGCAAUCUUGCGAUUUUUAUUUCCUGCACAAUCAUAAGGAUGCAUAAUGAACUGAUUAUGAAGUUCUCCGCCCCGAGAGAGUACGAUUUACAUGCACCCAUCCCACCGUCUUUGGUAUUUGUAAAUAGACAUUUCAUAAUCGAACCGGCAAGUCCAAUCUCGUCAAAUGUUGUUGAAAUAGGUGGAAUACAUUUGAAUUUGAAAGCAACCAAGAAGUUACCAAAAGAUAUAUUAAACUUCAUAGAACAAUCACCUCAUGGUGUUGUUUUUUUCACUUUAGUAGUUAUUCUAGGUUUUUUAUUAUGUAAUUUCGUCCAAAUUUGA